AUACCUACAUUUAGCAUGGUGUGAUGAACUGUGAUGGUAUAGUUUUCAAAACUUUCAAAGUUUCAACACAUAGCCGCCUUUGAACUUUUAUUAUCCAAGAUUUGCUAGAAGUAUUACAUACAUCAUACAUGAUAUGAAAAUAAUGCUGACUUAUCAUUAAUUUUUAGCCGAAUAACAUUAUAUCGAGAAAGUUUUUUGUUACACCGCCAAUAGACGACGAAGAUGAGUUACGUUGAUUUGGCUACGUUAACUAUGCACCGUAGAAACGAAUUAGAAGGUAGAAUAAAUAUGUUCCUAGAAAAAUGUGAUCAUGCAAUCAACGAUAUAAAAAAAAUGAAGACGAAGGCUCAAGGAUUUGUUCUACAACUCAACUGUGACCCGGCGGAGCUGAAGGAACGAUUCUUGAAAUCCAUGAAACUACUUGACGAGUUUACAUAUCUCAUAACAGACUUCAAUCUAGCUACUGGCCAAAUAGAAGACUUAGGCAGCUCAGAAUACACACCAGUGCCUGAUACAACACCGAAGUUACUUCCAACACCUCAAUUACCAACGCUUAACUUAUUAGAUGCAUUAAGUGAACCAACUCCUUCUACGUCACAAGCUAGCAUGAAAGUGACCCACACGAAAAAACCUAAAAGAUUAAAAAGCAUUAAAGACGAUCAAACAUUGAUCACAUUCUCGAGUUCAUCUUGCUCAUCGGAAAGUGUUCCUUUAGUGAAGACUGAGGUUGUAAGCAAGGAAGUGCAGUGUGAAAUUGUUUAUGAAUUGGAAAAGUUAGACAUUGAAGAUAAUCAAUCACAAGUAUCCCAAGAAUCCUGCAAGUUGCCAGCUCAGUCGAUGUUAGAAGUUGAUAAUACCUACUCUGGGACAAUCAUGCACGUAGAUGGAUCUUCUUUUUGGAUUAUAACCGAAGACACUGAUAUAGUUUACAGAUUAAUGUUAGAAAUGACAGAAUAUUAUACUAAGAAUUACAGGAAAAUGAAUCUAAAAGAAGUGAAAAUAUUAGCGUAUUGUGCUGUGUACGAUGGAGAUUGUUAUUAUAGAGGGCUUUUUCUAAAUUUGAUUGAGGACGGUACGAACACUGCAGAGGUGUACAUAGUGGACACGGGAGAGACGCGGUGCUUCCACAUAGAUAGUCUUCAGCCACUGGUAUUGCAGUUCUGUGAUUCGCCUCCGUAUGCACGGUGCUGUCAUUUAGCUGGGGUGGAUCCAAUUAACUAUAACGAUAUGCAUCUCGUCGAGAAACUUGAAGAGUGCAUGAGAAAUUACAUAGGAACAUUAUGUAAAAUUGAAAUUGAUGACAAUCAUUCUGUUCACAGCUCGUCGGAGUCGCUCGGCGUGUACGUCAUACUGCCGGACAACCAGACACUCAACCAAAUAAUCGUACAACAGGAAUUUGCUAACGCCAUCAACAGGCCAGUUUCUCCCGCGAAGCAAGCGCCCGCGGUCCACUGCCCGCCCGAGCUGGUGAACGACAGUUCCUUAGACAUCACGCACUGUCCUGAAUAUGAGGACCCCGUUGAAGCAGUCACGGGUUAUCACAAUCGCGACGAAGCGGACAUAUGCAAACACUACAAAGGCGGUCCGAGCGCGACCUGCUUCAAAGGAGCGAAAUGCAAAAAGAAACACAUCGUCAAACAUCCAGACGGUUGGACGCUCGACCGUGUGGAGGUGGUCGGUAAAUGCAAGUCAAUCCCUCUACCGGAGCCCGGCACCUGGCACAAGGUCCUGGUCACGUGCGUCUGUCACUACGACCGGGUCUACUUUCAGAUCAUCGAUAACAAGGAACCGGAGCAGAUACCUGAUUUCGGUGUGGUGCUGCCCCCCGCGACGCUGGAGAGCCUCGUGCGUGACAUGAAUAGCCCCGCCGCGCGCAUCACAUAUAAACCUUUGAAGCUAACCCCUGCUCCGGGAGAGAUGGUGGCUGCAUUGUACCCGCUGGACGACAACUGGUAUCGAGCCAGAGUGCUCUCACUCACCCGACCCGACCAGAGCGUGGAGGUGAUGUACGUAGACUACGGCACCGUUCUGUGGGUGAAGGAGGACCAGAUCCGCCACCUGGAGGCCCGGUACACGUUCCUGCCGAUGCAGGCGGUGCGGUGCGUGCUGGCGGGCGUGACGUGCCCGUCGCACGACUCGCAGCACUGGGCCGCCGCCAAGCGGGUGCUCGGCGAACUAACCCAGGACAAGCUGCUCGACGCCCAUAUCAUAUCUCGGGACUACGACGAAGUAGCAGUCGAAUUGUUCAACAGCGACGGCUACAGCAUCGCGGAGCAACUUGCAGCUCGAGACAUGGUCGACCUGGUAGAAUACUCUGUGGUCGACGACACGAAAACGCAAUGCAGGCUGCCGGUGAAGGCGCUCGCCCGGCUCGCGCAGCAAAGCCGUACAGGUAGAAACGAUCUACCUACCCUGGCCAAUCUGUUGUCGUUCCUGGAGGCCGAGAGCCGUGGGUACAAAAAUAUGCCGUCGCCCUCCUCUGGGUCGCGUAGACCGGGUUCAGGCCACGCCCUUUCGAGUACUCAGAGGGGAGGGGGGAAGGGCAAGAAAGGACGAUCUCGCCGUCUGUCCGCGCUCAUGGCAGUGGCGGAAAGCCCGCAGUGUAGCUUCUGCCAUGAAAGCGGGCAUGACGUAUCAUCGUGUCCAAAGUUCCGGUCGACGCGCAUCAAGGGCAGACGCAACAUCGUUGCCCAGCGACGAUGGUGUUUUUUUUGUUUCGGGCCGCACACGGCAAGCGUCUGCACACACCAGCAGCUGUGCCCGAACUGCAACGGUCGGCACCAUGCCCUGUUGUGCCUGGAAAAUUCGGUCAUACGGGCGCAGCCAGCCAGCCUCGCCGACCGGUGAGGGUACCGAUCGUGACUCUCGCCAAUGUAGAGGCCUGGGUGGUCGGGAGGUGGUUUCGGUGGAGCCAGACUUCGGCCGGCCGGCCGAACCAGGGUCGCCAGCCGGGACUUCAAUGGGAGGAUCUAGCACUUGAAGCAUCGGGGAGAGGCGCCUGGAGAGUGGUGCUGCGGGCCGGUACUAGCCAGGUUUUGGAUUCGGAUGGCAACACUGUGCUGGCUCGAGCUCUGUUAUUAUAUUCCGGUGCGCAGGGCAGUAUUGUCGAGCGAUCUUGCAGUACGGUUGGGCAAUCCUAUUUACAAUUAUUCUCAUUUUAUUCGUAGGGUGGGCAAUGUUAAAAUUUCGGACGUUACCGGUCAGUCUUUGUUUAUUUUCUCACCGAAUCCUAACCCUCGCUUACGGUUUAAUGUCUCGGCUUUGGUGAUGCCUGAGGUCGUCACCCUCCGGUAAAGUUGAGGGGCUAGCGGACCCCAAGUUUGACACAUCGGGGCCAGUAGAUAUUCUACUUGGGGCAAAUGGGCAGCUCGAGGAAGGCAGCGGGGACUCGACACUUCUCAAUAGAGCGACGCAUGAAGCAUGACUCGGUAUUCCGGCAGAAGUAUGUGGAGUCUAUGCGGCAGUAUGAAUCCUUAGGUCACAUGUCUGUUUCUAAGGUAGACUGGAGUGCUACGGAGCACUGUUUCCUCCCGCACCAUGCUGUUUUGAGAACUCCUAACAGUAAAAUUAGGGUUAUGUUUUACGGUUCGGCCGCGACCUCCGGCGUCUCGUGGGCCUGUCGUACACGGCACUGCGAUCGCACGGUCCUUCGUGCUGGUUUCCGGAGCCCUAGGCUCACCGAGGGGGCUGGAUUCGGAUCGAACAGUCGCUUCAACCAAAUAGCCUUUCACUCCUCGAUAUUAAGUUUUUUUUUUUCUUUUACUUUUUUUUUAUUUCCCUUGUAGGCAGACGAGCAUACGGCCCACCUGAUGGUGCGUGGUUACCGUCGCCCAUGGACUUUAGCAAUGCCAGGGGCAGAGCCAAGCCGCUGCCUACCGAACUUAAUCUCUGCUGUUUAUCAAUGUAUAAACCAUAUAAAUAGAAUGUUACACAUUAAAGCCAUGAAUAAUGCUGUAGUCUUACUUAAUAUAAUUAAGAAGACUUGCAAGCGCAUUUAUGUAUCUAAAAUCGGAAGUUUUCUUAUAAUUUCAAUAGCUCUCAGAAUUUUCUCGUUUUACAUCGGAAAGGAUGAAAGUGAUAUUUUUUACAAAUUGAACAAGUGUACAUAGACUGAUAUAUAAUUGACAUAUUAAUAUUGUUUCAUGAACACCAUAUCGUUAUAUAGUUUAAUAUGUUAUGUAAUAUUAAAUAAAAUAACUAUCAUACAAGAGUAUAAGGGGACAGUUUGAUCCAUAUUCGAUCCAGACAUUUGCAUCGUGUAGAUCUAGUCUUCGUAACUUCAAAAAGUAGAAAAUUACUAAUUUCCUUUUAACUGGUAGAUACAAUGCCUAAUCUGUACUAUGCUGGUCUGGAAAGAGUACUCUUCGGGGUGGUUUCAUAGCACCAUGACUGUCUUUCUUCAUCAUGAAGAGUCAUGUGCUGCGAAUAGCGGUUUGCUUGUGUCCCCAAUAUAAUGUCUAUGGGCGAUGACGGUAACCAUUCACUACUGGGUGAGCGAUAUGCUCAUCAGCUUUUCGUGAGGAAAAAAAAUACCUCAAUUGAAGAUGGUAACUUUGAGACUGUACUGCUAGUUCAGUCUCCUAAUUGAAGCCAGUUCUCGCUAAUCGCUAAAGCCAGUGUGACAGAUGUCACUUUUCAUGACAAUGAAGAAAGUUAAAAUAGUGUUUUUUCUAUCUACCUCACAUAGCUCUUUCUCUAGUUAUCAGUCAUUUUGAUAUUAAAAAAGUCAAUUCAAAGGCUGAAAUAGACGUUGUUGUAACUAUGAAAAAAGUUGUAAUGUUGUUAUUGAGAUUUAGAAUUUUAAGUAUGUACAAUAAUAAUAUUAGGUAUAAUGAAACCAAAUAAUUGUAAUAAAUUUAAAUAUAAGGAGAAUAUUCGCCGUCAGUAUGCAACGCACACUGACUUUGUGAAUAAUAAAUACAAAAAAAUAUUUUUAUACUGAAGUCAUGUUUUGUAUUUUGUUAUCAAAUAAAAAGAUAUAAAUCUG